ACUUUAAUGAAACUACUACGAAUUGUUGAUUUAACCACGGGGCGCCUGUAGCCUGUUUUAACCAUCUCAGUGAGCAUAGAAGCAAACUGUCUCGCAAAGGUCUUUUUAUAUUUUUGAACUUUUGUGAGCGGUGUCCAGCGGAGGAGCUGCUGGACCAGGCAGCCCAACUGGAGGACUGUUUUGUAAUGCUUGGGACACUUGGAAGCUGCAGUCCCGUUCGUGCGUUCUUUCGCCUGGAGACUGUGUAAUGAAUUGCGCGCUCUCGCGUGAAGAAAGCGCGUUCUCUGUGUGUGUGAGCGCGCAGUUGUCGGCGACGCGCACAGACAUGAGCGCAGUGCUCGGUCCAGUGUAGACAUGGCGGCGGAGCCUCGGCCGGACUGGCUCUCCCGUCUGCCCUCUGCGUGGAGUUACGGAGUGCUUCGAGACGGACGCAUCUUCUUUAUAAAUGAGCAAGCCCAGAGCACAACCUGGCUGCAUCCUGUUAGCGGAGAGGCAGUGGUCACCGGGCACCGAAAAACACCAGAUCUGCCCACAGGAUGGGAGGAGGGAUACACGUUUGAGGGCGCGCGCUGCUUCAUCAAUCAUAACGAGCGGAAGGUGACGUGUAAACACCCUCUGUCUGGAGCACCAUCCCAGGACAACUGCAUCUUUGUGGUCAACGAACAACCCGCCCCUCCUGUCCCAUCGGAGCAGAGUGCAGAGCACAGGGAGCGUCCCACCAGUAUCCUGAGUGACAAUGGCGGCUCCGACCUCAGUCCAGCCACCAGCGUCAGCACUGCCACCUCUCCCUGCCCUGGGACAGGCCUCAACAAUGCCCUCCCACAGCUCAGCAGCGCCCCCUCUGCUGCAUCACGGCCUUCGAGGUCUUCCAAGAAAGUUCACAACUUUGGUAAAAGGUCCAACUCAAUCAAGAGGAACGUGAACGCACCCGUCGUGAAGAGGGGCUGGAUCUACAAACAGGACAGCACAGGCAUGAAGCUGUGGAAGAAGCGCUGGUUCGUCCUGUGUGACAUGUGCCUCUUCUACUACCGAGAUGACAAAGAAGACAACGUUCUGGGGAGCAUCCUGCUGCCCAGCUUUCACAUCUCCAUGCUGUCAGUGGAUGACCAUAUCAACAGAAAAUACGCUUUCAAGGCGACUCAUCCCAACAUGCGCACAUACUACUUCUGCAGCGACUCGGCCAAAGACUCUGAGUCCUGGAUGAAAGUCAUGACGGACGCUGCUCUGGUACACACAGAGCCUCUCCGACGCUCCGCAGAGCACCUGAUUGACACAGUGAAUGCAGAUCUAAAGAAAUCUGAGAAACUGAACAAUCAGCACAACCAGCGAGCCUUAACAUGCCCAGAGAUCCAGAACAACCAACGUAACUGCGAGCCCAUGCGACAGCCAUCCUGUACAAGAGGAGGGGAGAAACAUGGCGAGAAAGCAGAGUGCUACACUCUGCACCGUGACGGGGAUGACCUCCUGCUACGCAAGGAUGGAGUGAGCUACAUGCUCCAGAAGGAUGGAGACAGGUAUGUUCUUCACAAAGAUGGAGAGCAGUUCUUUUUGAAGAAAAAUGGAGACAAAUACAGUCUCCAGAGGGAUGAGCCCUGUGCACUUCACCCAGACCUGCAGAGGAACAGCACUAUGAAGAACCACCUGCGGACAGCCUCCUCGGAGAAAAAGUACACCCAGGUCAAAGAACGACCCAAACUCUUACUUGUGAAUGAGACGCACACUCUUCCAGCACAGCACACAGAGGGACACAGGUUUGCCCCAGAGAAGGAGGUAAGGAGACAGCUGUCCCUCAGGGAGACUGACAGAAGCAUGUUUUCUAAUAACAAAUAUGGAACCAUACAUGUGAUGGACCGCUACGGCACGCUAAAGGAGGUUAAGAAGUACAGCACUCUGCGAGAGGGGGACCGCUAUGCCACUCUGAAAGACGCAGACAUGUACAGUCUGCACAGGGACCCCAGUGCGGAGAGGACCAAGCUCAGCAUACAGCUGCAGCCCACCCAGGCAGCCGCCAUUGCAGCCGUCGUCUCAGCCUCGCGCCAAAACCAGAAGGUCAAUGGGUCUGUAAGUGCAGCUGUGGACCAACCAGAUGGCAGCUCCAGGCUCCUUCACCCUCCAGCACUGCCCACUGACACUGCCCCUACCCUCAAGACCAGCCUGUCCAGGACUCACUCUAUGCCCCCCAUGGAGCCCUGGGCGCGGCCCUACAGAGCUAAAGCAGACCCGGACACAACAAGUAUUUCUUCAUACCAGACAUUACCCAGAAACAUGCCCAGUCACCGGAGCCAAAUGGGACCCCAUUUUCCUGAGGGCUACCGCACUCUGCCCCGCAACAGUCUGUGCCGCCCCGACAGUGUCUGUGCUGCUAACUCAGCCGACAAGAGAAGGUCUAUGAAGGACGACACCAUGUGGCAGCUCUACGAGUGGCAGCAGCGUCAAGCCUAUUCCAGGCUCAGCACUGCUCCUCCCACAGGUGCAGGUCAUUAUAGCACUCUGCCCAGCUCCAAGACUAUGAGCCACCUCCGUGAGAGCAUAGCCACACCCAUCCCCACCUCCCCAUCCCAUGGCUCUCUCUACAGCACCCUUCCUCCUCCGAGGCUCAAGGGGGCGUCCAACCCCAGCACCCCACACUCUGAGCUGUCCUCCCCAGUGCUUAGAGAUGGUACAGCGACACUUGGUCGCCCAAAGACUCUCCCGCUCAAGCUGGGGUAUCCUGAGCGUUUUGCAACAGCCGUCGUCUCUACUCACAACAUCACACCUCAGUCCCUACAGGGCAAAACGUCUGAGGAGCUGACGUUACUGCUCAUCAAACUGCGGCGGCAGCAGGCAGAGCUCAGCAGCCUGCGUGAGCACACACUGGCCCAGCUGAGGGCCCUGGGCUCCGAGGGGCCCAACGCCAAGACAGAUGUUCUCUCACACCAUCUGCAGAGGAGUCUGCGCUACCUGGACAGCCAGAAAAAGGACAACGAGCCUCUAAUCUUCAUGAUUCACACAAUGAUCGAGAACUCUGCACCAAGACCACAGCUUUACCAGCACGUCAGCCCAGAGGCCAUCAAGAGCCUGGUCAGUGAUGCUGAAGACCCUGACAUCGACACCAAGCUUAGCCGGCUGUGUGAGCAAGACAAGGUGGUGAAGACACAUGAGGAGAAGGUGCAGCAGCUGCACCGUGAGAAGCACACUCUGGAAACAGCUCUUCUGUCGGCCAGUCAGGAGCUGAAUGAGCAGAGCCUUCACUCUGCCCAGGCUCAAAGCCUGCUCCAGCAGAGAGACAUCCUGCAGGGGGGGCUGCUGAGCACCUGCCGUGAGCUUAACCGAGUCAUAGCGGAGCUCCAACUCUCUAAGCAGGAGUACCAACGGCUGGAAGGCGACGUAAGCCAGGCCAAAACCAGCCUUCUGCAACAGCUGGAGGCUCUGGGCAGUCCACAAACGGAGCCCCCAAGUCAGCGACACAUCCAGAUCCAGAAGGAGCUGUGGAGGAUCCAGGAUGUGAUGGAGGCUCUAGCCAAACAUAAGUCCCAGGCACCCAGUGACUGCCUGUUCCCUAGCUCCAAACCCCUGUCCAGCAUAUCCAAAAAUGAGACAGUGCUGCUGCCCCUCAGUCAACUACAGGGGGCGGAGCCGGUGCCCCCUCGCCCACCCUUGCCCUACCACUACCCCCACCCCACAGCCCGCUCGGAUGAUAGGACAGCUGGCUCCCGGAGCGGAGCACAGAGUGGCCCAGACUACAGACUGUACAAGAGUGAGCCGGAGCUGACCACGGUGAAGGAGGAGGAGCCUGAUGAGCCCCACCCAGACGAGCGAGGAGGGGCUGCAGCUGGGGCCUUGGAGCGCAGGGAUACCCCAGUAUCCAAAGUUACGCUUUGUCCCGUGGGCAUUGUCCCCCCCAGGACCAAGUGCAGCAUCAGUGCCCCAGAGUCCAGCACCAUCGCUUCAUAUGUGACCCUGAGGAAGAGCAAGAAGCCAGAGCCCCGAACGGAGCGACCCCAUAGUGCUUUGGACCAGGCGGGGGGAUUUGGGGAACGAGAACUGGGCAGGAGCCGUAUGAGCGUGGAGGAGCAGCUGGAGAGGAUCAGGAGGAACAAAGAAGCCUCUACCCUGAAAAGGAGCAGGCUGUCCCGGUCCUCGUCCUUCAACCGCGAUGAAGCGUUUGCUCAAAUCACACAGGGUGGAGGGCAGACUGAGGGACCAUGCACUGACCCCUGUGGUCUGCAAACGGCACUGCAGCGUCUGAAGGAUAUGAGUGAGUCUCUCUCUGAGGGAGGGGCACUGGCGCCAGAGCAGGUGGAGGACGGGGACUGUUCAAAAGGAGGUACUGCAGAAAAUGAAGAGCUGCAGCAGCUCAACGAGAGCAAUGACCCCUCCACAGAGGAGUGUGAGCGGCAGACUGCAGUCAUCCUGGAGCUCCCUCGGACUGUAAAGGUGGUGGAGCUGCAACCGUUUGAAGAUCUGAGCUCGGCCACCUCUCCUUCAGACCACAGUUUGCAGACUCCAGAGCUGGAGUGGAGCGCAGAGGUGAGGGAGGAGUUGAGAGCGGACGAGGGUGGGGACAGUGAGCUGAGGCCUGAGGAGAUCCACCUCAACAACCUCCUGCCUGCACAGACCAUGGCUCUGGUGAGCAGUGACACAUGAACACAACUCCACAUCUUCAGCUUCAUGGACACAUUCAGACCCAGCAGACCAUCUCCAGAAGAACACCGACCAGUGCUUUGGAUCCACUUCAGCUUGUGCCCUGAGCCCAGUGCCUCUUUCUUCACAGAAUGUUCAUUAGUGCAGAGCUCAAGUCUGUGCCAGCCCAUGCUGCUCACUUCAUUUUUACAAAUCUUUUUGUAUUUUUUUAAUGUCAACUCUGAAUGUUUUUUUGUUACAUUUCAUCUUUUACAUUGACCAUUUGAAUGGACAGAGGGACAUGCUGCCUGGACCAAAGGUCCACUAUGAGCAAUAAGGCGGACUGCAAACCCACAAGAACACUUCAGUCUGUAUAAAUGUAAAUGUGUAAACCCUAAGCUUAAUUUAUGUACACAAAAGAAUGAGAGUGAAUAUACAACUAUGAGAUUAUAUUAAUAGUGCCAAUAUGCAAAGCCUUCAUAACCCAUCAAUUUUAUAUCAUGUAAAAUAAAUAUUACUGUUCAGACAAU